GAGUGCGAUUGAUCGUUCCAUUCGUUCGCUAAUCGUUCGCGAUCUUUUGCCUUUUGCGCGACUGCUGGCCUUUGACGGGUGCUGUGAGUGGUUGUGACACUUCAGCAGACCAAACCGGUCAAUGUGUCCAACAUGCGGAUUGUGGGACUUCAUCUGAUAAUAACCGUGCUCAGUUGGAGCCUCUGGACCGAUUCGGCCACCUGUUUUGAUAUCGCCCAAUGCAACGAGCCCUUAGGCAUGGAAUCGGGCAUCAUUCCAGAUGAAGCGAUCACAGCCAGUUCUUCGUACGUGUCGAAUGUGGGACCGAAGAGUGGCAGGUUGCGGGUGGAAAAAGCGGGCGGCGGCUGGUGUCCAAAGUUGCAGAUCGAAAAAGGCGUCCGCGAGUUUAUUGAGAUCAAUUUGGGCGUCGUUCAUGUUGUGACGGGCGUCCAGACGCAAGGACGGUACGAUCGAGGACGCGGACAGGAGUAUGUUGAAGAGUACCUGUUAGAGUACUGGCGGCCAGGAUUGCUUGAAUGGAGGGAAUACAAGCGAUGGGAUGGAAAGAGGAUCCUGCGAGGCAACAGCGACACAGCUUCAAUCGAGAGCCAUCGCUUGAGACCGACGAUUUUCGCAAGCAAAAUCCGCCUGCUGCCAUACAGCAUCCAUCGCAGAACCGUGUGCCUGAGGAUGGAGCUCCUGGGUUGUCUUUACACCGGUGGCGUUGUUUCCUACAGUUCACCGGUCAGCGACACCAUCAAGGAGCUGUACGACAGCAGCUACGAUGGCUACAGAUCGCAAGGCGUCCUGCACAACGGUCUGGGCCGAUUGGUGGACGGCGAGUUCGGUCUGGAUAACUUCCAUUUCGAUCUUGGGUUCGAUCGGGGUAAUGCAUGGGUGGGAUGGAGGAACGACUCAUUCGAAGCCGGCUUUCUGGAGUUGGUGUUUGAGUUUGAUCAGUUGCGCAACUUCUCCUCGUUGCAUCUGUUCACCAGCAACUAUUUCUCCAAAAAUGUUCAGGUGUUCGUCAAGGCGAAGAUUCUCUUCAGUGUCGGAGGUCGCUUUUUCAACGGCCCCACUCUGUCCUACACCUAUCCGCAGGACAAAGUGCUGGAGAGUGCCCGAAACGUCUCGAUCAAUCUGCAUCAUCGUAUCGGACGCUUUAUCAAAGUGCACCUCUAUUUCGCUGACCAGUUGCUGAUGCUGAGCGAAGUCACUUUUAACUCUGUGGCAAUUUCGUCAAACGUUACGGAAGAGGAGGCGCUAGAUUUGCAAGAAAACGAGGUUAUCAUCACGUCGAACGACGAUAAAAUGCUCCAGACUUUCGAAACAAUUGCAGCCACGAAAAACGACGACGCCUACGUGGAAAUAAUCAUUGGCGUCCUCACUGCCAUCAUGCUGCUGUUGCUGAUCGUUUUCCUCAUAGUGUUGAUCAUCAACAAGCGGCACAAGCUGCAGGGCUCGCCCACUCUCUUCCGCAACCCUUUGAAAAUCAACAUGAAGGACCUGCUGAUGAACUUUUCAUCUGGCAAUGCUCAGAACGCCAAUCAGAGCGUGCCCAUCACCCCCGUCAGCCAUCCGGAUAGUUGCUUGGAACCAAUCACGCCCAUGACGUAUGAAGAGUACCGAUCCUCGCUGGCGGGAAACUAUUACACCCCUUCCACCUACACGACUCUCAGGUGCUCAGAGACGGCUCCUAUCGAGUCGCCAGACUUCAACGAAGAAGCUCCUACUCCUCCGGAGGUACCGCCCCUACCGGACACGCCAGAUAUUCAAGCCCCUAUCGCGCCGUUGAACUACCGGAGUUUGCAAAGCACGCCAUCUCUCAGCCCCAAGUCGAUGGUGAUGAAUCUGAGCAACUAUUUCCCGAGGGAGAGUGGUGAAAGAGGCAAGAAGUUCUACACUGCCCCUAGGGAGAAGCAUCGGAUACUGCCCCCAAUGAUGUGCUGGAAUAUUGUCCCUAGCAUGGGACAGCCGUAUUCCUGCCGCGAAGUGGAACUAGUGCCCAUUCUCAGAUAUUCUCUGCGAAAGGUCGAAAAACUGGGUUCCUGUCCCGCUGGUGAGCUCUCGUUAUACGAGACGGAAAAUCUCGAAGACAUCAUUCCGAGCGUCUGCAGGCUGGUGAUAGUGCGGGCGCCCAACCCCGACAAAUGCAAAGAUGCGGUCGAAAGCCUCAGAGAGAUCCGCUUCUUGGCCGGGUUGAACGAUCCGAACAUUUGCAGGAUUUUAGGGGUCUGCACAGCUGAACAGCCCCCUUGGACGGUCAUCGAGUAUGGCGAAAUGGGCGACUUGGCUCAAUAUCUCCAAUUCCUGGUCAACAGGAAUGGAAGCAUCCGACCUGCAGAGGAUCAGCCCAUGAGCAGUGGAAGCUUGAUGUAUAUUGCAACCCAAAUCGCCUCAGCCAUGAAGUACUUGGAGUCGAAACAUGUGACCCACAAGGACUUGGCGGCCAGAAACUGCCUGGUAGGGCGUGGUUAUGUGAUCAAAAUAACCGACAUUGCCAUGUCAAAGCCGCAAUACCGCAAGGAGUACGCGGAAAUUGGCGGCCGGCCUCCCGCCCCCAUAAGGUGGCUGCCGUGGGAAAGCAUUCUUCUGGAUCGGUACUCCUGCUCCAGUGCCGUGUGGGCGUUUGCGGUCACUCUAUGGGAGAUUUUGAACUUCUGCUGUGACCGCCCCUUCGCCAAUUUGUCCAACGAGAAAGUGAUCCAGAACGCCGAGCACAUGUAUUAUGGGGGCGAACUGCAGGUGAUGCUCAACAAGCCCCAACAUUGCCCGUCUGGGAUCUACGAGCUAAUGUGCAGCUGUUGGUGCCGGGACGACACCGAUCGGCCCACCUUCAAGGCGAUCCACUCAUUCCUGAAGAGGAUCAACAAAGAAUACGUUCCCAUUGAGUAGAGUAGCGCACAAUUCCCAUUGUUGAAGCAUCCGAAGCUUUCCUGGCUUCAAACAGCGCUUUGAUAGUUCCCUUCUGUUAGAGCUGACUGUCGUUCAUUAAUCUUGGUGCUUCCAUUGUUCUACAUUCCUCCCUUAUCAUCAUCACCUGACAAUCAUCAUAUUUAUCAUGCUGUAUAUGUUAAGAUAUCUAAAGAGUCUAUAUUAUAUGGAAACGUUGAUUCUUUCAAUUUAGAAAACCCGACUAAUCUUAGUAUAAAUAUGUACAUACUAUGUAAGUACUUUGUCUUGCUCAUGUGGUGUCCCUGUUUGCACCCGAUAAACGACUUUUAAGUGUAAAUAUCACGCUCAGUGUAAAUAUUCUCAAUGUAAAUUAGAUGGACCAACGAAAACCCAUUGAUCAUAUGGCGAAAGAAAUUCUAUUAAAGUGUGGAAUCGAUCUAAUAUAGUUCUAUUUUAAUGACCUAGAAGGUAGUGGACAAGUGCGUCCCGCCGACUUAUUGAAAGACUCUUUCAACCUGUUGCUGUCGAUGACUGUUUGGAUUGUUACGUAAAGUUAGUUUAUCAAUACCUACAUAGAUGGUAAGAGUUUUUUACUUGCAAUCGUGCUUGGUCGAAGCUCUCUAUAAGGAAACAAAGACUUACCCUGCUUAUUAUCUUUUUAAAUGUACAAGAUCUGUUUAUAAAUAAACUAGAGAUUAAAAGUA